AUGAAGGAGGAUAUCUGCACCCAGCUGCUCAUUGAUGGAUACGUGCAGUCGUUCGUGGACCUCUUCUAUCUAACACACCGGAACGAUCCAGCAUCCAGUGAUUUCACAAUGCUGGAGCUGCCGGAGAUGGAGUUCUUACGAGAUCAGCUAGUAGCUGCCGAGCACUGCAAGCGACGCGGUGAGAUUCCGGACGUGAUGGCGGCUUACGACAGCCUCGCCACGUAUUGUUCCGAGAAGCAGGACACCAAGACCAUGAUCUUCUUCUACGAGAAGUGUUUGGAGAUUGCAAGGCUGGUGAAGGAUCAGAUCAGCGAGAUGCGCGUGCUGAGCCAGAUCGGCGGUGGGUAUCAUUCCGCUGGUGAUCUGGAGCAGGCGCGUCAAUAUCUGGAGCUCUACGUCGCUAUCGCGAAGGUUGUGUACGAGCACGAAGAUGACGAAGAGCUACGUGGAGAGGCUUACUCACAGCUAGGCAAAGUGUACGUGGACCUUGCGUUGCGUCAUGAACAAGCCAAGCACUUCCUCGAAGCCAUCGAGCUGUACAAACUUCAUCUGAACUGCGCGGUCAAGUCGCACAACUCCGAAGCGGAAGCCCACGCGCAGUUCAAGAUCGGCACCUGCUACAACGCUCUCAACGAGCCCGCCAACGCGCUUCUCUUCCUGGAGACCAAUCUUGCGGCAGCGAGACAAAGUGGCGACGCGGAGGGGGAGGGCAAUGCCUGUGCAGCAUUGGCGACAGCUCACGAGAAGCUGGGAAACCAGCAGCUAUCGAUCGAGUUCCUCAACCACUACGUGACCAUAGCAACCCGCGCGGAAAACGUCGUCAACCAAGCAGACGCGUGUGCACGCCUCGGUCAGAUCUACACAGCGUCCCAGAACUUCCACCGCGCCCGCGAGAUGCACGAGAAGAACUACGAGCUCGUCCAAGCUGUAGCAGCCCGAACUGGCGACCGCUUGGCGCAAAACAUCUCCCGCGUGAGUGUAGGAGCUGCCCGAGCGAACGACAAACUUGGGACACUACUCAAUCUUGUCAAGGAAGACUUCCACGGUCUGCUUGCGUGGAAGAACACGCGGGCAGUGCCCACAGCCGAGUAA